CAACACCCGUCCUCGAUGUGCCACGUAACGGCGACAUUGCGUACUAGUAGCGCAACUAACAUGGCGGCGUCCGCUAGAGAGAAACAGAGUGCUGCAUUGAAGCAGAUGCUGAACUUUGGCCAGGUUCCUGCAAAGCAAAGUGCUGAACCAACAUGGAAGAUCUUGAUUUACGAUCGAUUUGGACAGGACAUCAUUGCACCGCUGCUGUCACAGAAAGAUCUUAGGGACCUGGGAGUGACACUGCAUUUACUUCUACACUCUGAUCGUGACUCUGUACCUGACGUUCCAGCCAUAUAUUUUGUUAUGCCCACAGAAGAGAACAUACAUAGAAUAUGUCAGGAUUGCCAGGACCAAUUAUAUGAGUCAUUCUACUUGAAUUUCAUAUCAGCGAUCUCGCGACAAAGGCUGGAGGAAUUAGCCGGCGGUGUGCUGCAAUCAAAUGCAGUGGCUAACAUUUCCAAAGUAUAUGACCAAUAUUUGAAUUUUAUCAGUUUAGAAGAUGAUCUAUUAUUGUUACGUCAGCAAGGUAGAGAUGCUGUGUCCUACUAUGCGAUUAACAGAGGUGACGUAAAGGACACGGAAAUGGAGCAGAUAAUGGAUAUGAUUGUUGACAGUCUAUUCUCUGUGUUUGUCACACUAGGAAAUGUUCCGGUGAUACGUUGUCCAAGAGGGAAUGCUGCAGAAAUGGUUGCAGAGAAACUGGAUAAGAAAUUACGAGAGAAUCUUAGAGAUGCAAGGAGUAGCUUGUUUGCUGCUGAGAGUUUACAGUCAGGGCAGUUCAGCUUCCAACGCCCACUCUUGGUGAUCUUGGAUAGAAAUCUGGACCUGGCAACAAUGCUGCAUCAUACAUGGACUUACCAAGCUCUGGGUCAUGAUGUGUUGGACCUGCAGUUAAAUCGAAUCACUGUGGAGGAAGGAGCAGCAACCCCCAGUGGGCAUGCAGGGGCUAAGACCAAUCGCAAAAAGAAAAUAUAUGAUCUUGGCCAGCAUGAUAAGUUCUGGGCUGCCCAGAAAGCAAGUCCAUUUCCAGCUGUAGCAGAGGCAGUUCAGGAGGCAUUAGACUCAUACAGGGCAUCAGAGGAUGAAGUAAAACAUCUGAAACAUGCAAUGGGACUGGAAGGGGAUGAGGAGGAUCAGGCUAUCAGUAUGUUGUCGGACACGACUGCAAAGUUGACAUCAGCUGUUCACUCUCUGCCAGAACUCCUGGAACAGAAACGUGUUAUUGACAUGCACACCACCAUUGCAACGGCCAUACUAGACCACAUUAAGGAGCGGAAACUUGAUGUAUACUUUGAAAUGGAAGAGAAACUGAUGAGUCGAUCUCAGCUGGACAAAUCUCUGAUGGACAUCAUCACAAAUCCAGAAGCAGGCUCAGCUGAGGACAAGAUGAGGCUGUUCCUUAUUGCACUUCUAUGUGGACAGCCAAUGACAGAGGCCGAGAUAGACCAGUAUGCAAUGACACUACAGGAAACUGACUGCGACAUCGCGCCUCUAAAUUAUAUUCGCAAGUGGAGGGCUUACGCAAAGAUAUCUGCGGCUCCAAGCACAUACACCGGUGGUGGUACAAAGACUGUUAGCAUGUUUUCCAAACUCAUGGCUGACAGCUCGAAGUUUGUCAUGGAAGGAGUAAAGAACCUGGUUGUUAAAAAGCAUAAACUUCCUGUUACGCGCAUUGUCGAUGCACUUAUGGAGAUGAAGCCAAAUGAUGAGACGGACGACUACAGGUACUUUGACCCCAAGAUGCUACGUGCAUCAGACAGUUCUUCAGUGCCACGCAAUAAACAGCCUUACCAGGAGGCUUUUGUCUUCAUGGUCGGCGGCGGAAACUACAUAGAAUACCAAAACCUCGUCGAUUACGUGAAAUCUCGAGUUGGCAUGGGAACGAAGCGAAUCACAUAUGGCUGCACUGACCUGCAGAAUGCCUCACAAUUCCUUAUGCAGUUUGGACACCUGGGUAAAGAAAGUCACUGAACCACGAUAUCAAUAUUGGUACAUGUAUCCAGUCCCUCCCCCCUCCCCAAGUUCAUCAAACAUCUGUAUAAAAAUAAAAUGAAAUGAAAAUCUU